UUUUUAUCUCAAUUCUUCCCGGGGAAUUCAGUAUCCAACACUACUCCACCCCCUACAGGCUACAGAGCAGUUCCUUCGUGCCUGAAUUGCGCCGGUGUCUGAAAUAUCUCCUGCGUUAUUUUUUUCUGAAUUUGCAGGGAACUUGAAUUUUGAAAAUGGCCGAUAAUGGGGGGGAGGAAGCUUCCUCCCGUGGAAAUGAAUGGGAAGUCGUGUCACUCACGGCAUCAACAUAUUCUGCUGCUCCUGGUCCAAAAAGAGUUGACGAUGAUAAAGGCAAUGAGUUCAUUGUAUGUGAUGAGGGAACUGCAGAUGCAAUGUUCAUGUCGGGUCACUUUGAAUUUCAACCUACCGAGCUUGAGAAUCCACCACUGGAGUCAGACAAGAAUGAGAUCGAUAAUGAACCAAAAGAUGAAGGUAUAGUUGCUAACGAGCUGCCAAUAUUUGAUAUGAACAAAUCUGAUAAGAAAAAUGUAGAAGAUUGGAAUGUCAAAGAGUUGCCUGUACCAGAUGAGUUAACUGGAAUACAGUUCUACGACGAAAAGGGUAAUAGGAAAUCUGUUCGUGGCACAGAAUUUGAAGAAGACAUGGGUUUACGAGGGCUAGAUUUAAUUGGCAAAGAGGAAAGUAUAUACAAUUCUGCUAAAUUUAGUUCUUAUGACAGUGAAGCAGAUGUUAGUGGAUCAAUUGUGUAUGAUAAGGAUGCAGUUGUUGCUGAAUCGUGUGAUUCUUCUCAGAAAAGCUUAGAUAAUCAUUCAGAUGUUUCAAAGCCAAUAAGUCCUACAAAAGAAGUUAAAUUUAACAAGAAUAGACUUCCCUGUGAGGAAUUAUGGAAGAGAAGAAUUGCUUCAUUGUACAAGAACGCAAAGGAGGCGAAUGCAUAUUGGUCUAUUUUUGUUGCUGCAGCUCUGAUGGGCCUUGUCAUUAUAGGUCAACGAUGGCAACAAAAUAAGGCGUCGAACUCAGCAACCUAAGCGAAGAUGAACUGGCUACCAAGAAUCACAAUGGUGAAAUAAAAGGCUAAGAAACGGAGAGAGAUGUU